AUGGCUCAGGCGCAACAACAACUGAGCCAUAAAGAUGCCGCUCUGUUCAGACAGGUGGUUCGGCAUUUUGAGAACAAGCAAUAUAAAAAAGGCCUCAAAGCUGCGGAACAAAUCCUGCGAAAGAAUCCCAACCAUGCCGACACCAUCGCAAUGAAAGCCCUGAUAAUCGGGUCGCAAGGUCAGACUGAGGAAGCUUUCGCUCUGGCCAAGGUCGCCCUGAACAACAACAUGAAGUCACAUGUCUGCUGGCACGUCUACGGAUUACUCUAUCGUAGUGAGAAGAACUAUGAAGAAGCCAUCAAGGCCUACAAGUUUGCGCUGAGACUAGAGCCCGAUUCGGCGCCUAUACAACGAGAUUUGGCUCAUCUUCAAAUCCAGAUGCGAGACUACGAAGGUUACGUCCAAAGUCGGAGGAGUAUGUUGACGCAAAGGCCCAGCGUCAGGCAAAACUGGACCGCCCUCGCUAUUGCGCACCAUCUGGCGGGAAAUUACGAGGACGCCGAGACCGUGCUCUCCACUUACGAGGAUACCUUGAAGACGAAGCCCAGCAGAUCUGAUCUCGAACAUUGGGAAGCCGUUCUCUACAAGAACUCCAUCAUCGCAGAGUCGGGCAACAUUCAGAAAGCGUUAGAUCACCUGGAGGCGGUGGGGAAGAAAAGCCCGGAUGUUCAGGCCGUCAUGGAGAUGCGUGCGGACUAUCUCGCUCGUCUCGGUCGGAAACAAGAGGCUGAGGCUGCUUACGCAGCUCUUUUGGAGCGCAACCCGGACGAUUCAGCUUACUAUGAUGGUUACGUCGAGGCCAAGGGACUGAAAGACGGCCCGGUUUCGGAACUCCACAAGACGUAUCAGGAGCUAGCAGACAAAUUUCCCAAGGCAGAUCUGCCAAGACGGCGAAUUCUAGAUGUUCUCACGGGGGAUGAUUUCAGACAAGCUGCAGACGCCUAUUUACAGAGAAUGCUGCGAAAAGGCAUACCUUCGACGUUCGCCAACAUUAAGCACUUGUACAUGGACGAGUCGAAGCGUGACAUCGUCCAAGAAUUGGCCGAGGGGUAUGCGGCCGGCAAGUUAGGUUCCCAAACGAAUGGAGCCUCGGAGAAUGGCGAGAGCAAAGAGGACUCGCGCUUCAAAUCCUCGGCCCUUUACUUCCUUGCACAGCAUUACAACUACAAGCUCAGUCGGAACCUCGAAAAGGCCUUGGAAUAUGCCGACAAAUGCAUAGAGCUCGAGCCCAAAUCGGUAGACUUUCAUGCGGUCAAGGCACGGACUUACAAGCACAAGGGUGACUUGGUCAAGGCCGCCGAGCUCAUGGACCAGGCCCGCUCAUUAGACGAGAAGGAUCGGGCUAUCAACACAAAGUGCGCCAAAUAUCAGUUGCGAGCCGAUCAAAACGACAAGGCUUUGGAGACCGCAGGCAAGUUCACCCAAAACAAGACUGGCGGCCCCCUAAGCGAUUUGAUCGAUAUGCAAUGCGUGUGGUACCUCACGGAAGACGGACAAUCAUACCUCCGCCAACGGAAACUGGGACUGGCAUUGAAACGGUUCCACCAGGUCUCUGCCAUCUUCGACCUUUGGCAGGAGGAUCAGUUUGAUUUCCACAAUUUUUCACUGCGGAAAGGCAUGAUUCGUGCCUACAUUGACAUGUUGCGAUGGGAGGACCGACUACGUGAACAUCCGUUUUACCAUAACAUGGCCCUCUCAGCGGUCCAAGCUUACAUUCUGCUGGCCGACAAUCCUGACCUCGUACACGGCCCGAUCAUGGAUAACGGCAAUGGGACCAGUAAACCCGGCGAGAUGAGUGCGGCGGAUCGGAAAAAGGCGCUUAAGAAGGCCAAGAGGGAACAAGAAAAGAUGGAAAAGGCCGAAGCGGAGAAGAAGGCUGCCCUCAAGGCUGCCAAACCUACGCCGAAAAGCGAAGAUCCCGACAACAAGAAGGAAGAUCCUGACCCCUUCGGCAAGACUUUGGUGGAGACGAAAGAGCCGCUCAAGGACGCCAUGAAGUUCCUGACUCCAUUACUUGAACUGUCUCCUCAGUCAGUUGCCGCUCAGUCUGUCGGCUUUGAGGUGUACAUGCGCCGCAAGAAAUAUUUGCUCGCCACCAAAUGUCUCCUCGCUCUCAACGCUUUGGACGCCAAGCACGAGAGGCUGCCAGAGUUCAAGAGCCAGCUGAAGCAGGUCCUCACAGAGCAGCCUGCCGAAUUAUCUGACAACGUCGCAGACAUUAUCAAGUCAGAGACGAGUGAUCUGUUUCAGUGA